AUGGCUCGGAAAACUCUGAAACCUGAGGAUCUGGAUGAAGUCAAAUCCUCCAUCCAGAAAACAGUGGCCUCUCUGGCCCCUCUGACCAACCUGGAGGCUUCUCUGACUAACCUGAUUCAAAGCCAGAAUCGGGAAGUCAUGAAAGAAUUACAGCUGAUGCGCGCUGAAAACGAGAAGCUCAAGCAAGUGGUGGAGGAGAAGGAGGCUCGCAUCAAAAGAUCAUAUGCCGAGGCCGCUAGCCCACCUGUGGCUCAACAGGCAAUUGCCAAGCUGCAAGAAUUUGGAAUAAAGGUGGACCCGCAGGGCAUCCGUCACUGCUUUCUGCUCCCAACUGGGGGGAGAGGACCGGCGACGGUGGUCGUGAAGUUGGCAGACCACAAGAGCAAGGUUGCCCUGCUUGACCAGCGCCACCGCCUGAAAGGAACGAAGAUUUUUCUGAAUGACAACUUGACUCGCCGAAAUGCCCAAAUGGCGAGAAAAGCACAUCUCACACCUCCUCCUCCUCUUCAUCCUCCUCCUCUUCCUCCCCCUAGCUCAGUACAAGGCGUGGUUUUCUCUCGGAUGGAGAUGCGAGCUCCGUCUGCUCUCGCCGGGAUCCCCCGUCCGCUUCUGCGCAGGCACGAGCGUCCGUCUCGUCCGGAGAGAAGGAGGAGGAGCAGGAUGGCAUCCCUGUGGCUGCUGGCGCUCGCGGUAGCGUGCGCGGGGCCGACCGACGGCAGGCGGCUCAAGCAGCCGCGCUGCCCCUCGUCCUGCACGUGCACCAAAGACAACGCGCUGUGCGAAAGCGCCGCUCUCAUCCCUAGAGCUUUCCCGCCCGACGUUAUCUCGCUGUCUUUCGUCAAGUCGGAAUUUACCGAGAUCCCCAAGGAGAGCUUCAUCCACACGCCCGCCCUGCACCUCCUCUUGUUUACGGCCAAUAACUUGGAGUCUUUGGACGAGGACGCCUUCCUCGGCCUUCCCCAUCUGGAGUAUCUGUUCAUCGAAAACAACCAAAUCCAUUCCUUAUCACCCUACGCGUUCCGAGGGCUGAAAACCUUGACGCAUCUGAGUCUGGCUUACAAUAAUCUCGAGAGUCUCCCCAGAGAUUUGUUCAAGGGUUUGGAAGCCUUGACCAAAGUAGACCUGCGAGGAAACCGCUUCACGUGCGACUGCAAGCUAAAGUGGUUGGUGGAAUGGAUCUACAGCACAAACGCCACUGUGGAUCAGAUUAACUGCAAAGGCCCAUCCACUAUGCAGGACAAGAGGAUCAACGACCUGGCGCCGCAGUCCUUCGACUGCAUCACCACAGAGUUUGCUUCAUACCAGUCCUUGAAAUUCGAAUCCAUUUCCGUGGAGGCCUUUACUUUCGGUGAAGACCAGUACGUGGUCUUUGCUCAGCCCUUCAUCGGCAAGUGUAGCUUCAUGGAGUGGGAUCACGUGGAAACGGUCUUCCGGAACUUUGAUGAUAUUGACAGCACUUCAACGGUGAUCUGCAAACCCCUGGUGAUCGACGAGCAGCUCUUCGUCAUCGUGGCUCAGCUUUUCGGCGGCUCGCACAUCUACAAGCGCGACACCUCGGCCGACAAGUUCAUCAAGUUGCAAGGCAUCGACGUCCUGAAGAUCCGUAAGCCAAACGACGUGGAGACCUUCCUGAUUGACGGCGAGUCCUUCUUCGCCAUCGCUGACAGCUCCAAAGCCGGCACCACCACCGUCUACAAGUGGAACGGCAACGGCUUCUACUCGCACCAGUCGCUUCACCCCUGGUACCGCGACACUGACGUGGAAUACCUGGAGAUCUCCUCCAAGCCUCACCUCAUCCUGUCCAGCAGCUCCCAGCGGCCAGUCAUUUACCAGUGGAACAAAGGCAGUAAAGUCUUCGAGCGCCGCACCGACAUCCCCGAGAUGGAGGAUGUGUAUGCCGUGGAGCAUUUCCGGGUGGGCUCUGAGCUCUUUCUCUGCCUGACGCGCUUCAUCGGCGACUCCAAGGUCAUGCGCUGGGACGGCGCCCUCUUUCGGGAACUGCAGACGGUGCCGUCGCGUGGGUCCAUGGUCUUCCGGCCUUUCACCGUGGGCGACUGGCAGUACGCCGUCCUGGGCAGCGACUACUCCUUCACUCAGGUGUACCGCUGGGAUGCCGAGAAGGGACAGUUGGUCCGCUUCCAGGAGCUCAACAUCCAAGCUCCCCGGGCCUUCUGGCCCGUUUCCAUCGACGACCGCCGCUUCCUGCUGGCCUCCAGUUUCAAAGGGAAGACGCAGAUUUACGAGCAUCUGGUCAUCGACCUGAGCGACUGA